AUGAAGAAUAAUCUCAUGAUCCUCAAAGUUGUGCUACUACUUACCCUAGUUUCAUGGAUUAAUAUUCUCCAUGCUCGACCUUUAACCACACAUAAAUUUAGUACUACACUUUUGACACGUUUAAAAUUACAAGAUGAAGAAGGGUCAACGCCGUGUUGGGAAUCAUUGUUCGAGCUCCAAGCGUGCACGGGAGAAAUCAUGCUCUUCUUCAUUAAUGGUGAAACCUACCUAGGUCAAGAUUGUUGUGGUGCCAUAAGAACUAUCGAACGCCAAUGUUGGCCAUCUAUGCUUGGUUCUCUUGGAUUCACAUCUGAAGAAGGUGAUAUUCUACAUGGAUAUUGUGAUGCUAGUGACUCUAGGUCAACCCCAGAGAUACCAUCAUCUCCUAAUUUGGCUCCAUAAUUAAGUAGAUUAAUUUUAGUGUUGCA